ACAGGACGUAAAGGAUCUGCUGCUAAUGUCUUGGUGCCAGAUCCCACAGCACAACUUCAGAAGUCUUGAGGAGUCCAUGCCUCGACAAGUCAGAGCUGUUUUGGUGGCACAAGGGGAGGGGGACCUACACGAUAUUAGGGAGGUGGUUUUAAUGUUAUGGCUGAUCACAGUACUUUACCAUACUCUGUAUCUGUUGUAUAGAUGUAUAUAUCUGCUGUUGGAAAAUGCUUGUUUAAGGAUUUUUUUUUGUUGUUGUUGAAUAACCCAAAAAAUUAUGCCAACUCACUAGAUAUUCACUUACAUAAAAUGCAAUAUAAUGUUGAGGAAAAAUGUAUUUCUUUAUUUUAAUUGGAUGCACCAAUCCCAUUUUUCUUACUUUUCAGAACUAUAGUGGCACUUAUGAGUAGCAUGCAAUGUCCAAUAAUCUUUUAAUACUGACUUUUUUCUGCCUUAAUAUGCAAGAAGCUGAUUUUAGGCUGUUGCUGGGAGGACGCCUGUUAACUAUUUUUCUAUUUCAGGAAGGGAUAUCCUGAAGAUUGAAAAACAAUGUACUUCUUUCUAUUCUUUUUUUUUUUUGGAUGCACUUUCUUUAACACUGCAGGCAAAACCAGGUCUAAGGGUGGAUGGACGACGCUUCACCUGGCUAGCUACUUCGGCCAGAAAGAUAUAGUUGAAGAACUGUUAAAGAGUGGAGUGGAGGUGAACACGCAGAAUGAUGCCGGGGACACUGCUCUACACAUUGCAGCUGUCUGUGGAAGAAAGGAGGUUGUUCUUCUGCUGUUACGGUACGCUGCAUGUUCCACGCUGCUCAACGGAUGUGCUCAGACCCCCAGGGAUAUCACCGACGAUGAUGAAGUCAUUACUAUGCUGGAAGCUGCUGAAAGAAGAGAGGGCAAGAAGAUGGAGGAGAGGCUUUUGGAUGCAGCAAGAGAUGGAGAUUGUGGUGCGGUAGCUCAGGUGCUCAGCAAGAACAAACCUCCAGACGUCAACUGCAAGGACUCGCACGGGGAUACGGCGUUACACAUUGCAGCCAGCAGGGGGCAUAAAGAGUGUGUGGACUUGCUGGUUAAGAGUGGAGCCAGCUUCAAUGCAAUGAACAAAAACGGACAGGCUGUGUUGGACGUCGCCAACGAUGAUCAAAUGAGAUUCUUUCUGGAGAAAUGUCAAGAAAAUACUACAUGUUUCACAGCUAGAAAGUUUGAAGGGUUCCUGUGGAAGAGGUCAGACUUUCUGAGCUGGAACUCCCAUUGGGUUGUUCUGGAGAAUGGGACGGUGAGCUGGUACUGUAACCAGUCCGAUGUAGCGUGUGGAGAUCGUAGGCAGGGCUGUAAGCCUCUUAUGAAUGCUCAGUGUGUGGUAAAGGCCUGGGAUAAAUACUUUUUCACGCUCAGGUGCUGUGACAGCAGUGCGCACCACUUUAAAGUGUCCUCUAGAUGCGCUGAACCGGAAAUCACCAGGAAAAAAUGGGUGGAUGCCAUCAAGGAGCAUGCCAUGUACAGUGCCCUCUGUGGAAAUCCAGACAAAACACCUGUACAGGAAGGAGAAGAUUUAGUGGCUGAAGAUGCGAUAGACCUGGGAGACUUUCUGUCACACUCUCUUCAGGCAGCUGAAAGUUACCAGAGGAUGCUGGAGUCUCAGGUGGCCAUGUUUGUCUCUAUGGUCAAGAAUGAGGACGACGAUGAUAUGACAGGUCCUGAGCUCCUCAAGGCCAGACAGAUAUGUGAGCUGUGUAGUGAGACGAGCUCAGUGUUGAGACACUGUGUGGAUCUCCUGUCCCAGCGUGAAGAGGUGUGGAGUGUGAAGUUAGAACAGGAAGUAGAAAAGAACAAGAUCCUGUCUGAGGCUCUGCAGAAGUUGGCGACGGAGCAUCACCAGCUCAAGCUUAACCUUUCUACCGGCAGAAAGUCGCCGACUCCGAGUACGCUCACCGAGGAUGAAUUUUACGACGCUCUCUCUGCGGCUCAUCUACGUGCAACAGAAGCUCACACUCCUGCCAACAUGUCUGGGGAGGAGAACCAUGGAGACAAGACCCACUAUAAUGGUGUGAAGAAACACAGAACGGCUCUUCCUGCCCCAAUGUUCUCAAGAAAUGACGUGAGCAUCUGGAGCAUCCUCAAGAAAUGUAUUGGGAUGGAACUGUCAAAAAUCGCCAUGCCAGUCAUCUUCAACGAGCCUCUGAGUUUCCUGCAGCGUCUCACUGAAUAUAUGGAGCACACAUAUCUCAUCCACCAAGCCAACGCCUCCACAGACUCCAUCCAGAGGAUGAAGUGUGUGGCUGCAUUUGCCGUCUCUGCUGUAGCAUCACAGUGGGAAAGGACCGGAAAGCCCUUUAAUCCACUGCUGGGAGAAACAUAUGAGCUAAUCAGAGAGGAUCUGGGCUUUAGAUGGAUGUCAGAGCAGGUGAGCCACCACCCACCCGUUAGUGCAUUCCACGCCGAAGGCCUAAAUGAUGACUUCCUGUUUAAUGGCUCCAUCUACCCUAAACUCAAGUUCUGGGGAAAGAGUGUGGAGGCUGAGCCUCGCGGAAUCAUCACUCUGGAGCUCCCCAAACACAAGGAAGCAUACACUUGGACCAAUCCUACAUGCUGCGUCCAUAACAUCAUUGUGGGUCAGCUGUGGAUCGAACAGUACGGCAAUGUGGAGGUUAUUAACCAUAAAACUGGCGAAAGGUGCAGUCUGACAUUCAAGUCAUGUGGCCUCUUCGGCAAAGAGCUACACAAAGUGGAGGGUUACAUACUUGAUAAAAGCAAAAAGAAAAUCUGCGCCAUUUACGGCAAGUGGACUGAAUGUCUGUACACAGUGGAUCCAUCUGCGUUCGACCUUCACAAAAAAGCAGAUAAGAAAACUGCCGAGGAGAAGAAAGACAGCAAGAAGGGCAGCGUGGAUGAGGAGGCUGAGGAGAUGCCCCCACCCGAGGCCGAGACCGUGCACGUCAUCCCGGGCAGCGAACUCAUCUGGAGGAUAUCACCCAGACCUGAAAACUCAGCACAGUACUACGCCUUCUCCACGUUUGCUAUGCAACUUAAUGAGCUGGAGGAAGACAUGAAGGAGAAUCUCCCCAUCACAGACUGCCGCCUCCGGCCUGACAUCCGCGCCCUGGAGAACGGAGACAUAGAUUUGGCCAGCACUGAGAAGAAGAGAGUGGAGGAAAAACAGAGAGUGGCGCGGAAAAACCGCUCCAAAUCCAAUGACGAGUGGAAGACGAGGUGGUUCCACCAAGGAGCAAACCCACACAAUGGCGGACAAGACUGGCUUUACUCUGGUGGCUACUGGAGCAGGAACUACUCCCAACUACCUGACAUAUACUAACCUUAAACCCUCAAUCAUCUGCAGAAAGGGACUCCUGAAGAGAAACCAUGCAUGUUCACUAUUAACUUCAAUUCAUGUAGAGUGUCAAUUAUUUAUACAGCCACAAGCUGGUUUUAUGUUUACCACCAUCUUCUAAACACUCAAGCAUGAGGAGGUGAAACAUGGCAGUUAUUCUUAAAUAUGCAGUGUGUGAGGUGAAGUUUGUUUGUCCAGAGACUUGCAUUGCAACUUAAAAUAAUUGAUAUAGAUGUUAGAGUUUCAAUUUCAAUAGAUGUAGCGAGGAUCAAUGUAAAUAUAAAUAGGCUAUAGAUGAUUAUCUGUCAAGACUUGAAUUUUGCGGAAUGAAACAAACUUAGUCUUCUUUAGGUGGCUAAAACUUACCUCAUAAUCUUAGUAGCAUAUUAAAUCUGUCGUGAAUAACAUGUCAUAGUAAGUUUGCAGAUGUGAGCCACACUUAAUCCUUGGCUAACAAAUGUCUUUAGCCCAGUAUUAGGUUUAAUAUGGGAUUCAACAAAGCAUUUUGUUUGUAUAGAUAUUAUUUAUUUAAUUAUAUCCUGCAGAUAAUUGUUUGUGGCUAUUGAGAACCUCUUGAAC